AUGCACGCAUUCAGCUUUACUCGCCCAUUCGCUCUCGUCCUCGCUCUCAUCUGUCUCGCAAUCGCGGCGCCCACCUCGGACGUUCACGCAGACCCAGUUUCUGCCGCUGUCGUUCACGCCGUGGGCAAUGUCCCUGAUAGUGCUGUUAUCAAGGACGCAAUCGCGACCCAUUUGCCCGCAGCCACCUCGUCCACCGACAAAACAGGUGGUUCGACGCUGAAGCCCGACUCUUCGGAAAUUUCGAGUCUAUGUACCUUCAUCAUCAUCGCCAAUUCUAACACAUACACCACAACUCCCGUCAUCACCCACACUCUCGUUCAAUUCGUUCUCGCGAUGGUGAACCUCAUUCCGUGA